AUGGUACCAGUGACACCCAAACCAUCGAAAAUAGCAAGGGCUAAAGAUGGCGCCUCAUCUUCUCAGAAGAAGAUGAAACAGUCCAGUCUACUGUCCUUCUUUUCAAAGCAAGAUACAAAACAAAGUCACACUGACAAGCCCGAGGGUCGUGUCAAGACGGAGAGCCCCCCUUCAGAUGACGCGACAGCACUUCCUUCUUCGUCUUUGCCCUCUAUCUCGACACUCGCUAGGAAACCCAAAACAGGGCCAACAGCUAGUUCUGAACCAGCACUCGCAAAGGGAUCGUACGAUGAUUCCGUGGAUUUGACUGGGGACGAUUCAGACACGGUGAUGGCCUCGGAUGACAGGCCGCUCUCCUCUUUGAAAAGGGCCAAGAAACCUGUAAACUAUGCAGAAAGCGACGAUGAGGACGAUACACCAUUGUCGUCGUCUAUUCAAAGGAGGAAGAAAGCUAAACUCUUUACAGAAGACAAUGACAGUGAUAAUGACGUGUAUGUGCCUGUUAAGCAAGAAGAGGAAUCUGAGGAUGAACACGAUAACGACCCAGGGGUUAAGUCUGAGGGCACUGAGGAGGACGAUGACGAUAUAUUGGCCUUGCAAGGGUACUCAAAGCGGGCACCCAAACCGACAGUACAAAAACGUUCUCAACUCCCCAUCAAGAAAUCCCCAAUGCCAAACAAAAUAGCUUCUAGUCCACCUGGUAAGAAGAAUUUCAAUAAACAGAAUGAGGAAAGAUACCAUUGGCUCGUCAAUGAGAAAGAUGCACAGGGCCGCCCGCCAUCUGAUCCGGAGUAUGACCCAAGAACAUUGGCCAUUCCAAGUUCAGCUUGGGGGAAAUUCACACCGUUUGAAAAGCAGUAUUGGGAGAUCAAGUGUCAGAUGUGGGAUUGCAUAGUAUUCUUCAAGAAGGGGAAGUUCUUUGAACUAUACGAGAAGGAUGCACUCUUGGCCAACUCUUUGUUCGACUGGAAAUUGGCUGGGAACGGGAGGGCCAAUAUGCAGCUCGCUGGUAUUCCCGAAAUGUCGUUCGAAUAUUGGGCAUCGCAGUUCAUCCAAUUGGGCUACAAAGUGGCCAAAGUAGACCAGAAGGAAUCCAUGCUGGCAAAGGAAAUGAGGGAGGGCGCAAAGGGGAUCGUCAAGCGGGAACUCGAAUGCGUGUUGACAGCGGGUACCUUAACUGAUGGUGAUAUGAUCCACACAGAUUUGGCCACGUAUUGUCUUGCCAUCAAGGAGGAGUCUGGUAACUACUACAAGGCUGAGAUGAGUAACAUUCCUACCUCAGACAGACUCUUCGGUAUCGCCUUUAUAGAUACGGCGACUGGGGAAGCCAAAAUUAUUGAAUUUCGAGAUGACAGCGAAUGUACAAAACUGGAUACCAUCAUGUCACAGGUUAAACCCACAGAAGUCAUCAUUGAGAAGGGUAACCUAAGUAAUCUUGCUAACAAGAUUGUAAAGUUCAAUUCUGCAUCAAAUGCCCUCUUCAACACCAUCAAACCAGAAAGUGAAUUCUACAGUUUUGAUAAGACUUACGAGAAGUUGACGGAGAAUGAUGCCGAGUAUUUUGCAUCUGAGGAGCAGUGGCCACCAGUGCUCCAAAGCUACUACAAAGAGGGUAAAAAAAUUGGAUUCAGUGCAUUUGGUGGUCUGGUUUACUACUUAAAGUGGUUGAAAUUAGACCGAAACCUAGUAUCGAUGGGAAACAUAGAAGAAUACAACGUUGUUAAGUCGCAGAACUCGUUGGUAUUGGAUGGUAUCACUCUACAAAAUUUGGAGAUAUUCAGUAAUACUUUUGAUGGGUCUGACAAGGGUACGUUGUUCAAGUUAUUUAACAACUCCAUCACACCAAUGGGGAAAAGAAUGAUGAAAAAAUGGCUAAUGCAUCCAUUGUUACAUAAAACCGAUAUUGAAAAAAGGUUGGAUAGUGUUGAAUUGCUUUUGUCAGAUGGUGAGUUAAGACAAAUCCUCGAAGACGCCUUAGCAAAGUUGCCCGAUGUUGAGAGAAUGCUAUCUCGUGUGCACUCUUGUUCCAUCAAGGUCAAGGAUUUUGAAAGAGUAAUUCAAGGGUUUGAGAGCAUCGUGGGGCUCUUAAAAAGUUUGGAUAAUUUUGAACUCAAAGGUGCUAUUCGUACCUUUGCUAAUCAAUGUCCCAAAACGUUAUAUCAGGAUGUCGACAGUUGGGUAAAUGCAUAUGAUAGAAAAAAGGCAGCUGUAGAAAAUAUUAUCAUCCCACACAGAGGGGUAGAGGUCGAAUUUGACAAGUCCAUGGACGAAAUAAAUAGUUUGGAAAGUGAAUUGAACGAAGUUUUGGAACAAUACAAACGAAAAUUCAAGUGUAAGAACUUACAUUUUAAAGACUCUGGGAAAGAAAUUUUUACAAUUGAGGUGCCUGCUGCCAUUUCCAAGCAUAUUCCAUCUGACUGGAUUCAAAUGGCAGCGAAUAAAACCACCAAAAGAUAUUACUCUCCUGAAGUACAACUUUUGGCGCGAUCCAUGGCAGAGGCGCGUGAGACACACAAAGUAUUGGAAGAAGACUUGAAAAACCGUCUUUGUAGGAAAUUUGACGCACACUUCAACACUAGUUGGAUGCCCACGGUUCAUUUGAUAGCGAAUAUCGACUGCAUUGUCGCACUUGCCAGGACAUCUGAAACACUAGGUUUCCCCUCUUGUCGUCCAACGUUUGUCGAUGAACACGACCCGGUAACAGGCAAUAAAAAAAAUGGAUUUUUGAAGUUCAAGUCUUUAAGACAUCCGUGUUUCAAUUUAGGAAGUGCGAUAAUAAAAGAUUUCAUUCCAAAUGAUAUCGAAUUGGGGGAUGAUGUUCCCCAGGUGGGGCUAUUGACUGGUGCCAAUGCUGCAGGUAAAUCAACGAUACUCAGAAUUACUUGUAUUGCAGUUAUCAUGGCUCAGAUGGGGUGCUUUGUUCCCUGUGAGAGUGCGGUAUUGAGCCCUGUUGAUAGAAUUAUGACAAGACUGGGUGCAAACGAUAAUAUUAUGCAAGGCAAAUCUACUUUCUUUGUGGAGUUGGCCGAAACGAAAAAGAUCUUAGACAUGGGGACAAAUAGAUCUCUUCUUGUUGUUGAUGAGCUCGGAAGAGGUGGUUCGUCCGGAGACGGGUUUGCCAUUGCCGAAAGUGUUCUCCAUCAUGUAGCCACCCACAUGCAGAGUUUAGGUUUCUUUGCUACACAUUACGGUACACUAGGGUCGCAUUUCAAAGGUCACCCUCAAAUCAGACCAAUGAGAAUGCGGAUCCUAGUUGAUGAAGGAACAAGGAAGGUUACGUUUUUGUAUAAGCUGGAAGAUGGGGCAAGUGAAGGUUCCUUUGGUAUGCAUGUUGCUGCAAUGUGUGACAUUCCAAGGAGUAUCAUAGAGACGGCAGACAAAGUAGCAGAGAAGAUGGAACAAACCUCCCAACUCAUGAAAAAGAAGGCUCUGCAACUGAGCGACUUAGAGGAAGACCAGAUUGUCACCGUUCCGGAUGGUUUGCAAAGCGAUUUUGUCAGACUCGUGUUUGGUGACGGGUUGACCAAUACUGCUUUAGGUACUGGGGAAGGGACUUUGGUCUAUGAUGGGAAUGUCAGAGGAAAUGUGUUGGAUUAUUUAUUUCAAUACAUUGGCCAAAAAUAA